UCUCUACUCUAUAAUCAAGAGACUUAUAAUAUAUCAAACAAACAAAUGCUAAAUCCAAGCCAUUCUAUAAUAUGACAUUUUACUCAAAACUUCAGAGAUUUAUAAUUUCAAUAGUAUUUUUAACAUUUUUAUUUAUAUAUUUUUCUAUAUAUUAAAACUCAAGAUAAUAACAUUACCAAUGAAAUAGAUAUUGCAAUAAUUAUAAAUAUUUUAGGAGUUGGGAAUUAUUUCUACGAUCAAAGGCUUUGUUGCAAAAUCAGACUCUAUAAAGACCCCAAAUUCAGGAAUGUCUAUAUCGGCAAUGUAUAACACACGCACGCGCCUAAGCAAUCAUUCCGUCCCUGAUUCUCUCUCUGCUUAAACAGGAAAAAAUAACUCACAGCCAGCCUCCCUGAUAAUACUUUCUUCAAACGGUAAUCUGUUAAUAUUCCCAAAUAAAUAAUUAAUUAAAAAGCGAAAAAUUUUACAGUCAUAAAUCUCUCUCUCAUUGAUCUCUGAAUUUUGGAGCUGUACACCAGGUUUUCUUCAUGGGUGCUAAAUCAGUUGAGGAUAUGAUAGAGGCAUCAUCAGGAGUUCAUUUUUCUGGGUUUCAUAUGAAUGGUUUGGAGUUGAGAAGUACACAGGUGGGGCAACCGACGACGCUGGCAGCUGAAGAGAUGCAUAAGCAACCCUUUGUCAUUGGAGUUGCUGGUGGAGCGGCUUCUGGGAAGACUACAGUUUGUGAUAUGAUUAUUCAACAGCUUCAUGAUCAACGUGUGGUGCUUGUUAACCAGGAUUCUUUUUAUCAUGAUCUGACUGAAGAGGAACUUACAAGAGUUCAUGAGUAUAACUUUGACCAUCCUGAUGCAUUUGACACUGAGCAACUAUUAUGUGCUAUGGAGAAGUUGAGACAUGGGCAAGCAGUAGAUAUUCCAAAAUAUGACUUCAAGAGUUACAAAAACAAUGUUUUUCCAGCAAGAAGGGUCAAUCCUUCAGAUGUUAUAAUCUUGGAAGGCAUUCUAAUUUUCCAUGAUCCUCGCGUUCGAGAGUUGAUGAACAUGAAGCUAUUUGUUGAUACAGAUGCUGAUGUACGUCUGGCAAGGAGAAUAAGGCGUGAUACUGUUGAGAAGGGUAGAGAUAUUGGCACAGUACUUGAUCAGUACUCAAAAUUUGUGAAGCCUGCUUUUGAUGACUUCAUACUCCCAACAAAGAAGUAUGCUGACAUCAUCAUUCCUCGCGGGGGAGAUAAUCAUGUAGCCAUUGAUUUGAUUGUGCAACAUAUUUGUACGAAGCUUGGCCAACAUGACAUGUGUAAAAUAUAUCCCAACUUAUAUGUCAUUCAAUCAACUUUUCAGAUACGUGGUAUGCAUACCCUAAUACGUGAUUCCCAGACAACAAAACAUGACUUUGUUUUUUAUGCUGACAGAUUGAUUCGUUUGGUUGUUGAACAUGGUCUGGGACAUCUACCAUUUACAGAAAAGCAGGUGACCACUCCCACUGAUAGCUAUAACAUGGAUGAUGUGCAUGUUGGCACCCUGGUAACAGAACAUAUCUUACUUGUGAUGGGUCUGUUUACACUGGUGUGGAUUUUUGUAAGCGGUUAUGUGGUGUCUCCAUUAUUAGGAGUGGCGAGAGUAUGGAGAAUGCUCUACGAGCAUGUUGUAAAGGCAUCAAGAUUGGGAAGAUUCUUAUUCAUAGGGAAGGUGACAAUGGUCAGCAGCUUAUCUAUGAAAAGUUACCUCAAGAUAUCUCGGAUAGACAUGUGUUGCUAUUGGAUCCCAUUCUAGGGACAGGCAAUUCAGCUGUUCAGGCCAUUUCUUUGCUUAUUAGCAAGGGUGUGCCAGAAUCCAAUAUCAUUUUUCUUAAUCUCAUAUCUGCACCCCAGGGAGUGCAUGUGGUCUGCAAAAGAUUCCCAAGAAUAAAGAUUGUGACGUCUGAGAUUGAAACUGGCUUGAACGAAGAUUUCCGUGUCAUACCUGGCAUGGGUGAGUUUGGAGAUAGAUAUUUUGGCACAGACGACGAUGACAACGAACUAGUGGUGGCCCAUACACAAUAGAGAUACUAAGGGCUGCGCUGAGUAAUCGGCAGAGAGCGAGCAGCCGAACCUGCCGGACUCUUUAUGUGCUGAGUUGUGCGCUUUCAGUUUUGAACAAAUUUUGACUCAAAUCAAACCUCUAGUUUCUUCCUUCCAUUUUUUUAUUUUUUUUUAAAAAAAAAAAAAAAAAAAAAACUGAGUCACAGAGGAGGUGUUUUAUUCUCUGUCACCUUAGUUCUAUGUGCAGAGGGUUUCUCCAAGGAAAAAAAAGAAGCAAAGUGCAAUAAAUCCACAACCAAAACGUUACUCAGUUUGCAUCGCUCAGAGGAAAGUGAUUGGUGAUUAGAGGCACCUACUUGGAACUUGAUGGUGACAGCCUCCCAAUUAAUAUAUGUAUCUGUGAACCCAGAUAUUUUAUUUCAUACAUGGUGAUAAAAUUUUAUGGUGAACCGUUAUUUUGGUUCAGCUAGGGUUUGAAUAUCC